AUGGCGGCCACUGAAAAGCAGUGGAUAAUAAUUGAAGACGGAUGUUUAUCCGUUGGAGAAAAUGUACAGCAUGUAACAUAUCACACAGCAUUGAAUUCAGUUAUUCUUUCCACAAAGGAUAAAUUGGUCAAAGUUUUGGAUGCUACAUCCGGCGUGAUUUUACAAAAAUCCGAUUUGUGUGCUGAAUCGUGUUCAGAGAUACAGUGUUGCUAUUUACCAGAGAAAGAUAGAACUGUAUUUUGUGAUGGAAGAGCUAUAGGCAUUAGGAAAGAUUUACGUGGUAUAUUGUUAUUAGACACAGCCUUACAAGUACCUGUAAAUAAGACAGAAGAUAUAGUUAAAUGUGAACUUCCCCUUGUUGAGGCUACUCAAUUAUUUAAAGCCUUAGUCAAUGCAGAUUUACCAGGUGUAGAUUAUGUGGAGGAGGUAUUGAAGGAAUUUGAACGUGGUAUAGAAGUGACACAAGAAUUGACUAAAGGCAGUCAUAAAACAGCAAAAUGGGCUACAGUAUGUCUACAACUGCCCCACUGUGCUCUCAAGUCAGUAUGUGGAAGUUUUGUAAAGGAAAUGAAAAGAGCAACACAACAUGGUCAUGGUUUAUCAAUAGCCUCAGCUAUAACAGAUCGUCUCGGUUACUUAUUACCUAGUAAUCUACAUGAUGGUGGGGCUGGCGGUAUUGAACGUGCCUCUAUGUAUAGUGAAGCUGCUAGGAGAGAUACCUUUAUAAAAUGGCCUCAUAUGAAUUACAAGUGGGCUUUACCAGAUCCUAUGGCUCAAGCUGGGUUUUAUCAUCAACCUAAUGCUACUGGUGAUGAUAGAGCAAUGUGUUUUACAUGUAAUGUAUGUUUAGUGUGUUGGGAACCAACUGAUGAACCUUGGUCAGAGCAUGAACGUCAUUCCCCAUCUUGUCCCUUUGUGAAAGGUGAAUAUACACAGAAUGUACCAUUAUCUGUAACAUAUGCUACACAACCAGCUUUAUUACAUGGUACCUCUCAACCUGAUCAGAUACACUGUAUCAGUACUACAUGUGAUGAAGAUUAUUUAGCUACAUCUACUCUAGAUGGUAAUAUUGUAGUGUGGGAUAUGACUAGAGUUUUAAAGAAACAUUGUCAAUUUAAUCUGGAUCCACAGAAAAUUGUCUGUAAAUCUAUACCAAGUGACAAGAUUAAACCUGUCUCUCCUCAUUCUACAUCGACUGAUCCUGCUGCAGAAUCACAUAGCAUAACAUCAGAAGAAAGUGGUGGUACAAGUUGUUCAUCUGGUACAGAAACAGAAAUACAUGAAAUAUCAUUACAAGAAGAACAUACUGCAGAAAGAGAUAAUAUAUCUGUACAGCGAUUUAGACCCUCUAAUGAUGUUCAAGUUACGGCAUUGAGUGUUGUGAGUAAAAAUAGAGACUUCCUUCCCCCAACAUCAUCUGUUAAAUAUCCACCAGUUCUAAUCUGUGGUGUUUUACUACGAAAUGAUGACCUGGAUAAUGAUUCUAUCAGUGACACUAGAGACGAGAAUGUCCAGUUAUUGAAUAAAGUGAACCAGGUAGUGAGUAGUGAAGCACCAAUUAUUAGUGAAUGUUGUAGUGACAAUGAAGAUAUAGUAUCCAGUAAUUCAGUACCUAAGUUAUUUAUAGUAUCAGCUGACCAACCGUUGAUCAGAAAAGAUAUCAAGACUGUGGAUAAACCAAGUAAACCAAUGAUGAAUGGAGAUGUCAAGAUGAACUAUCAAAUAUCUAAUAAUUAUGUGCCUUCUGAUAUGUCCAUAUUUUUAGAUUAUGAACCUUGGCCGGAUCCAGAUGUUCAAAUUGUGGGAUUUACUCCUCCUCCACCAUUACUAGGAGGGAAUAUGCAAAUUCCUGGCUCUCCAAGUGAUGGUACCAUUAGUGAGACUGAUUCCGAUAUCAAUACCAACAGUGGUCCAAAACCUUCUUCAUCUGGUGUAUCUUCAAGUAAACCAGAUAUAUGUGAUACUGUGAUUAAAACCAAAAUUCAGCCUGGCACUAUUACACAGUGUGUAGAAUUCCCUGAUGGUUUUAAUGAGAAAGGUCUAGAAGUGAAAUCUAUAACACCUACUCUAGAUAGACAGUAUCUUGUAGUUGUUAUAGCUCCAACAUUUAUUAGUGAAUGUAGUAUGGACAGUGAUACAUCAGAUAGUGAUCAAGAUAGCUAUGGUGGUAUAUUAAUCUAUAAGAUUAAUUACAAUACCACAUUUAUAUCCUUAGAUACUGUACCGUGUGCUGUAUGGAAAUCUGUAAAUACCCAAUAUGUGAUACAAUCUCUACUCCUCCUACCUCAGGAAAUUGUAGAUCAGGUAGAGGAAGAAGAGAAUAAAAAGAAACUAAGUAAAGAUUUAAAACAGACAUUAAGUGGUCAAAUUGCUGUGAUUUUUGAGUCAGGGAUUAUCAAUAUAAUUAAUAUAUCUGAUAUGAAUGUAUUAGCUGAAGUAGUGCCUAGUGAGAAUGAGAACUUCCUAUCCUUAACUUAUUGUACAGGUAUAGAAAGAUUGUGUGUAUGUACAGAUGCUGGCAAGCUACAUUUUUAUCAGAUAAAUGAACAAAGUUGUCCUGAAGCCAUGGAAAUAGAGCCAGCAGUCAGCCUGGAUAACCACAAUGAUAUAAAAGAAGAGGAAACUUUAUCAUCCAGUAAAAUGACAGUAGAUGAUAGUGUUGAUGGUACAUCAUAUGCUACAACCAAGCCUACUUCAAAUUUGGAAUUACUGACAAAGAAGCCAUUAAAUUCUGAAAAUCUGUUGUUUCUGAGAGAGUUAACUUUAUUUGAGAAUUUGAUGCCUAGAUAUACUGCAACUGUUCCGCCAUGUUGGACAGAAAUACAACAAGAACAGCAGCAGAGACGUCAUCCACAACAUCUUCAACAACAAGGGGAGGCCACUCAGCACACCAGAACCUGGAAGCUAUCACCAGAUAGUUCUACCUGGGAUGAACAUCUAUUUGAAAUAGUUUUACCCAAACCCUGCUGUGUUGGUCAUGUCGAUAUCAAGUUCUCUCUUCAUUCUGUUCUACCAAACAUAGAAGUAACUUUAUUACGACAAAAUAUUGGUAAUAUUCACAAACAAGCUCAAGAUGAACCUAGUAAAUCUGCACCUGAUGUUCGCAGCAAGAGCAGUAACUCUGAGAAGAGCUCCAAUCCUGUGAUAAGUCCAGUUUUUCUGGACAGUCAUAAUGCUGAAAUAUUAUGUGGUCCCAUCAAGUUAUCAAACUGUUUAGAUCUAUCAGGAAAUACUGGUAUUGUCUCGUUAACAAGUCCCCAACUAUUAAACUCUAAACCCAGAUCACUGUUGAUACAUAUUAAAGGUUUUGCCAGUAAACCUUCUGAUAGCAAAGAUUCAGGCAAAUCAAAGGACAACAAAAGAAAAGCAGCACAAUCUAAUAGUAGUUCUGAGACUAAGAUGAAAACUAUCAAAGCUUUCUUUGAGAAUGUCAAUUCUGGUGUCUUCAUGCCUGGUACCUCGGCUACUGAACGCCUUGCUGCUACAGCCCCUAAUAAAAAACAGAUAGAUUAUAAAGGAUGUGAUGCAUUAGAAGAAUUAUCAGUGACUGUAAGGAAAAUGAAGCCAUCAAGUAUUGUACGAGAAAGAACACAGAGGAAUUCUAUGAUUGAAUCAUACAGUUUCCAUGAGAACUUAUUGAAAUUGAUAGCUGGUAUGAAUGAGACUGAAUUGUUAGUACAGGAACAUGUGAUAAAUACAGCUCUAGAUAUUUUAUCUUGGAUUAUUGUUAUACAGAUGAACGAUCCAUCUAAAAGAUCAGGUGAACGUUGUAUAGUGUUAAACAUACAGAAAUAUCUACAUGGUAUUAUUAAAACAUGUUUAAUUGAAGCUACCAGAACUACAGCACAUCGAGUGGCAGCUUUGUUAGCAAUGGCUAUAGAGUAUGCUAAAUCAGCUGGUGAUAUUGAUAUGGCUCCUAAUUUUAGUUAUAAUAUAUUACAAGCUAUGUUAAAUUGUUUACCAUUAAUACCAUGUACUCACUCUAGUGGUGCUCUACAGUGGUAUUUUAUAUUAUUGAAUCGUGUCAAGUCUAUGCAUGUAGCCAGUGUAUCUGAGAAAUGUAUGGAAUUGUUAACAACUGUAGCUAAGAUAUAUGAUGAGAGAUCUUCUCCACUUCAUAACCUCCUUAAAACUAGGUAUGGUUUUUAUGGUCAUCCUUUUGAUCCGGAUCUGUUUGAUAUAGAACUACCAGCUAAUUUAAGACAAGGUACCCAAGCUUCUACGUAUGCUAAUGUUGUUAAAGGUUCAGCUUCCAAUUCCACCAAUACAGUACAGACCAGUAAUGUCCUUGAAGAACCUGACAUCUAUGAAAUAUUGAGUUUACCAACAGAUAAAACUAAUAAUAAACAUUUACAUGACUACUAUGGUAACCAGGGAAAUAAUUGCAUGCUGGGAUUGUUAGAGGUGGAACCAUUACAUUUCACCUGUCAUUCAACAAGUGAUGGUACCAGAAUUGAACGGUUGGAUGCUAAAGGCGGUACUGCAGCAGUAUCCACUACUGUCCCAGUUGGAAUUUCUGGAACUAUAAAUUUUGGAGAAAAUCCACCUCCAGUUGUGAUUGGUCCAGUGAGUCCACAAUUUCCUUUGAUGGAAUCAGCUCUUGCCAAAUUUCCUUUACAAGAAACCAGUCAGAUGUUAAAUGAGAAAUUUAAAUAUUUUUCUGGUGCAACCUCAAGUGCAUCUGGUUCCAAUAUUACUGCUAGUCAUGCAUUAGAAUAUAUAGAUAAUAUGGCAGAUUUCCCAGCAUUGCCAGAAAGCUUGUCAGCCCUCAAAUACCAAACAGAACAACUGAAACAAUGGAGUCCAACCUUUAAGGUAACCUAUAAUAAAAAGACCAGUGAUGUAAAAGUAGGUACUAAAGAGAGUAAAUCUACUAGUAACCAGUCGACGGUAUCUUCUGAUAAACAAUAUGUUAUACCUCAAUCACCAGCCAUUCUACAACUACCUACACCUCAAGUUUUAGUUAUAGAACGAAUGCAUUCAGGUGCUAGAAGAUUUGUAACAUUAGAUUUUGGUAAACCUGUUGUAUUAAGUGAUGUGGUCAUACCAUCAUGUGAAGAUUUAGCAUCAUUAUCUAUUGAUGUAUGGAUACAAGGGGAAGAGAUUGAUGGACAAAGAUUAGUGGUAGCAUCAGAUAUUGGUUUUAGAACAUUGAUAAUGAAUAACAUCAUGCCUGCUCCUGUCUGUAGAUAUUUAAAGAUCACAACUGUUGGUCGUUAUGGAGCUGGUACAACAAGAUCCAGAAUACCUAUAGGAUCAUUUUUUGGUCAUAGUUACAUUUUACCAUGGGAAUGGAAAGCCAAUCUGGAUAACCAAUCUUCAACAGUUACAUCUUCUACCAGUCAACUCGAAGCACAGAGUCAAUCACAACUUCUCUCUCAUCUGAGCAUGUUUAUAGCUUUACAGGAAGAUUUACAAUGUCGUUAUAGUCUUGCUCGUACCCGAUUGGAGUCCUUACUGACUUCUGUACAUGACAGUCAGUCAGCUAGCUCUCAUAUACAAUAUUAUUUACAUAAACAAACUAAAGAUGAUGACAGUGGUAUAUUACAAUCUUACAAUGACUGUAUACAGUUACAAUUACAAUACAAUAUAGCUGUUAGAGCUAUAGCCAGAUUACAACGUGCUGUUGGCAUUAAAUCAAGACAGCUAGAUGAUACACAGAAUGUUACUGGUUAUCUACGUGAAUCAUCCACGGAUAAAUUACGAUUUAUAUUGGAAAGUUUGUUGGGUACUCUGUUGAGUGUAACUUCACUGUCACCAACCAUACCUCAACCUCCCUCUACAUUAUAUUCUGCUCUAACACCCUCUACUGCUGAAACAUUGUUUAAGAACGUAUGCUUGUUAGGAACACGGAGAAUGCAGGUUACAGCUGGAUUGUUACUUGUUAGAAUAUGUGGAAGUAAUUGGUGGUGGGGAAGUUUUCUUGGUAAUAUGUUGCAGGAACUGUUCAGUUCUAAUAAUAUAUCUGUCUUUCCUCAAGAUCGGGUAUUUGUGUUGUUGAGUGCAUUAGGUCAGAGGGCUUUAACUGGACCAUCAUCGGUAUAUAUAAUGGAUAGUUUGUUAGUAAUGUUAUCUAGAGUGUUAUCACCAUUAUUACAAUAUAAUACCGAUACUACUUAUAACACCACUGGGUCUAUUGAUAUAUCAUUAGUAAGCUGGAUACUGUUGUUUCUGUGUCGUAAUUUUGACAGUUGUUUAGGUGAUGAUUCAGAUAAACAGAAGAAAGACAAUGGUAAUGGAGUAACAAACAGAUGGGCUUUCAUACAUGGACAUUGGUCUUCAGCUCAACCUAAAGGAAAAAUGAAAUCUAGUAGAAUACAUCGACGUAAUAACCAAAAACUAUUGUUACAUCAUAAACAAAAACUACAAGAAAUUCAACAAAUAAAAAAGAAAGUAGAGAGUAAUCAACAUGAAUUCUUAGAAAGCUUUGAAACAUUUAAAAAUGAGAUCUCCUCAAAGCAUUUGAAAGAUUUGAUACAUUUAAGACGUACUGAUAUUGAGAGAAUAAGAAAGAUGCCGAAAGACUCAAGUGGUAGUGAUCGUGGUAAUACAUGGAAUAGUGGUAAAGAAGAUGAUAAUGAAGGUUUAGUUUUACCACGAGAUAAAUGUUUAGCAGCAGUACAAGGAUUAAUGGCGUUGUUAUUAGGACUUGACUCUACUUGUCAUUCUGAUCUCUUUGUAAUAGCUUCAAAGGUUCUGGCCCGAAUUUGUAAUGUCACUAGACCAGCUAUAACUAUACCAGAAGUAAUGAAUCAAGAUCAACUAGAGAGAUUAAUCUUAUUAGCUGCUAAUAAAGAAUGUCCUGGUAAUUUAACAUGGGGUGGACCCUGGGCUAGUCAUGCUAUAAUGUGUUUACUACAAGAUAUAUUAGAGGGAGAAAGAUUAUAUCCAUCUAUGAUACAAGGUAAUAGUGAAAGUAAUGAAAUCUCUAUAACAGAAACAGAUGAUACCUUACCUCAAUCUGUUAGUUUACCAACAUUUGAUGAUAGUAAUGGUGAAUCAUCUAUGGAGAUAUCUGGUGAAGGAGAAAAUACAGAUAAUAAUAAAGAAGUUAAUGGUACCAGUAGUAUUAACUAUGAGAAAGAUUCAGCUAUAUUAGAUCUACUAUUAGAUGAUGGUGAGAUCUAUGAGGACAAUGAGAAAGUACAGUAUUAUACUAGUAAUGUGUUUGUACCAGUUGGUACUGAAUCUGCAUUAAGUAAUGGUCUACCUGAUCCUCUUGGUUAUCAAACUACUAAUUUCUUACCAUCAAAGAAACAUAAGAUAAAAGGUGGAGGUACGUCUAAAUCAUCUCAAGAUUUAUUGAAUAUACAGAAAUCAAAUGGUGGAUUCCAGGGUUUAUCUACAGCUUUAGAUGCUAGACUAGAACUUGGUUUACGUACUCAGUCAGAACUGAGAUUAAAGGUUAUGACAUCAGUACAACAAGAUAAUAUACAGAGUGCUUUUAGUACACCUAUACCAGCAUCUAAUUAUUCUAAUCAAAGUUAUAAUCAAGCUCAUUCUACUGAUGAUGAUUUAUCACAGAUUCAUCAUUCUAAUAGUCAGUUAACGACGAUAUUAUCUAGUGAGAUGCUAAGUGAAUGUUUUAACAGAUUAUUUGGACAACUGUUAUCAUUUCAUGUGAAUUUAGAAACUGUACUUCAUUUGUGGUUGAUAUUGAAUGAAGAAAACCACGAAGAAGGAAGUCAGACUGUAUUUAAUUCAACAUGUGUACCAACUAUUGCUUUAAAUGCAGUAUCUGUUAGUAAUCUAAUAGAAGCUGUAGUUAUGGCACCUAAUCCUCCAGUUCGUACCUGGGUUCUAGUGUUUCAAACACUAUGUUUGAUUGCUAAUCAAAAAAUACCAACAACAGAAACUGAUUCCAAUAUGUCCGUAUCAGAUAAUUCUAUGGUGACUGUAAUAUUAGCUAAUAAUAACCUCAAUCAACUGUUAACUAAGUUUUUAUCAGGAACAUCUUCUAGUGGUCCUACUGCUGCAGGAGCUCAAUUUACUCAGGUUGGACCAUCAGCUGUCAAGUCAUUUAAUGAAUUCUUAAGAAGAUUGUUAAUCAAAUCAUGUAGAGGAAAUGCUUUGAAGUUAAAAGAAUUGAUUCUGAAAUUAAUCUAUGUAUUAACUGUUGAUAGAGGAGCUUUCUAUAGCUGUAUGGGUCCGUUGGAUGCUCAAUGUAAACUAACAGAGUUUGCUCUAGAUCUUUCAUAUAGUCAAGUUGAUAUUAGUAAUGCUUUAAGUGUAAUACAGUCCAUUACUAGUUUAGUUCAUCAACAUAUUGUUUGUCAAGAUCAAGUGGCUUGUCGUAGCUCAUUAGAAUCCAAUAUCAAUGCUAGAUCAUGUUUUGGUGGAUUGUUUGCUACUUUGUUACGGGGAGGAUCAAGAUCAGUAUUGGGUGAAUCUUCAAGAGAUUUAUUGAUGUGUAACCUGAUGAAGCUGAUCAAUAUAUUAAUUCAAGUACAAUUACCCAAUUCUAGAGCUCAGACACAACGUUUAGACAUCAGUGAACCAUUGACUCCUAUAUUAUCUGAUGCUAUGUCAGAUACAGAUAAACUAACACAGGCUCUAGCUUCUUCAACACCACUAACUGCUAUGUCUGAUGAUCAAAAGAGUCAACAAGGAGAAGAAAGUGAAAGUAAUGAAAUCAGUGUCACUAACUGUCUAGCUGAUAUUAUAUUAGGACAUGAUUAUAUUAUGCAGAAUUUGAUCCAAGCAUUGAGUUACUGUAACAGUAGUUCUAUGGCAGUGAUAUUAGGUGUUCUACAGGAGAAUAUGAUGGGAAAUAACCCAGUGUCUGUAGGAGACAGUGUUUAUCAAACUAUGAUUACUCUUAAUCAACGUAGUUCAGAUCCUAAACUCAUGUUACAGGCAAUAUUAAAAUAUGUAUCUAGAGGAACUGAAAAUCAUUGGACAUCAUUAUGUAGACUGUCUGAACCAUUAUUAUGGUUUAUUCUAAAAGUUCUCAAUUCCUCACGAGCAGUUAAACUGUUCCUCGAAAUGGGUGGUAUACAACUGGUAUGUAAUCAACUAGUACAUUGUAAUCAACAACUGAUUAGUACACAUCCCUCUAUUAUAUCAACUAUUAUGCAACAUAUAAAUAAUACCAGUCCUGGUAGUAGUAAAAAGGUAGAUGUUAGUGAUUCAGAUAAUACAGUUGAUGGUAUGCAAAACUUUGCACCUUUAGGUCAAAUCUCUUCAAGCAGUCCUACAGCAAGUCCUUCUGAUGUACUGAUUCAAGCUGCACCACCACACAGACGAGCUAGAUCUCCUGCCUGGUCUUACCAUUUCUAUCCUGAUGAGGCAUGGGUUGAUCUUACUAUUCAACUUCCAUUUGCUAUUUUGUUGAAGGAAGUUCAGAUACAACCUCAUGCUUCACUGUCUACUUGCCCAUCACAUAUAUCACUAGAGAUCUCUCAUGAUGGAACUAUGGUGACUCCAAUGUGUCCUCCAAUGAUGACAUCCAGCCUAGCAUAUAUCAAACUACAACUAGUCAAACCAGAAGUUAUGUCAACUGUAACAAUACGACUCCAUAAAGCCAGAGAUUCCAUGACUAUUGGUCUUGCACAAGUUGCUCUUAUGGGUCACAGUGCUUUUGGUAAUUCUGUAGUUUCAACCAAUAGUAAUGCUAAUACUGAAGAUUCUUCAACUAAAUCAAGUGUUCUAUGGGUUCGACUAUUACAUCACUGUUUGAAUGUGACAGGACAAGAAGUAGGAGUUUGUACUGCUGCUUCACAAACACCAUAUUUACUACAAACUUGUGUAUCAUUACUAGUGUCACCAGCAGCUAAUCUUUAUAACAAUAAAAUAGAAUCAGUUUUAUUAAAGAUAGGACUGUUAUCAACAGAGUUAGGAUUAGAGUUAAUACACUACUUACUACAAGAACCAUUACAACAACAAAUUAGAGGAAAAGUAACUGGUUUUGCUAAUGAGUCUACAGUAGAGAUCAUUUAUCAGCUGGGUACUUUACAAGAUGAUGGUAGUCCCCACAGGGUUGAAUCAUUAUUAAAAUGGCUAGGUGAUUGUGCUAAUAGAAAUUUAGAUAAGGUGAACCUAUCUAAUAAUGGAUUAUCUCAUGAGAACUAUAAUUCUAAUAGAUCAACUGCAAUACCAGCACCAUCACAUAUACAUUGUAUAGCUGCUAUUUUGUGGCAGUGUCAACAAUUACCAGUACAAUAUAACUUAAAACAGUUGAUAACACAGGACUUUGUCAGUUCUUUAUAUAAAUGGUCAAUGAUACAGACACCAGGCUCACUGUUAAAACAAUCUAUAGACUAUGUAUUAUGUUCUAUAUGCUAUAUAGAAUCACAAUAUUUCUGUCAUAUCUUACAAUGGAUGGGUAUAUUAGUCAAUGCUGUAACUAGUAUGUCAGCUUCUAUAACUGAUGAUCAUAAAGACAGCUUCCAGACCAACCAGCAGUCAAUGACAGAUGACUCUAAAGAAGCUACACAGCAUCCAUUAUCCGAUGAUUCUAAAGAGGCCACUCGUCAACCAACAUUCUCUGAUACUGGCUCUAUUAACAUUCAGGAGUUCAAUCCAUCUAUAUUGGAUGAGAGUAGACUAGCCACUUUGGGUAUUGUGUGUAAAUCACCAAGCUCUAUCAAGUUAUUAUUAGACUCUAGUUUUCCUGCUGCUCUGGCUCAAGGGUUAUAUGAAUUUGCUUAUCAGGAGAUUAGGAGCAACAUUGAGAAACAAAGUCAACAGAGUACCAAUGGUAUGAAUAAUUCUAAUGGUAAUGCAUGUAAUGCAAGUAGCCCAGAUGGUUGUACAAUGAGUGUAGAAUUAGUCACAUCAGUUGUUAAGUUCUUUGCUACUGUUAGUUCAGAAAAUUUAAUGAAGGAUUGGUUAGGUAGUCCAGAAGGCAAUAUAUUCUGGCCUGUAUUACUGUCAGCUUUAUGUAACUAUUCUUCACAGUCCAGUUCCUUAUCUGCUCAUUCUAAUAAUAAAACUGGCAAGCUGAUGUCAAAUGAAGAAAGAUCUGUAUUAGAAACAGCUACUAUACAUUGUUUUAAUGAAAUGAUAUCUUGUCAUCCUACCAAUCAACUGUUAUUCUCUAAAGUUUUAUGUGAAGUUAUACAGAAUCAGGGUACAACUAGAGGAGGAAGUAUUUUAGGUUCGGUACCACUGUCAGGAUUUACUAGACGUGUUUUACUACAAGUUUUAUUACAAGAUGAGAAGAUAUUAGUAGUACUAAAUUCACCUCGUACACAGUCACUGAUUAAAACUCCGGGUACUAAUUAUUUAGUACAUCAUCCUCGUUAUGGAGCAGGACAAGGUUAUCGUGUAUCUCAAGUUAAUGUUAAUACACCCUGUUCUGAAUUACUGACAGUUAUUCCAGAUACUCAGUCAUUAGCUGCUCAUUUAAUAGAUGGUAGAGAUGAUAAGAAGAGUGAACAGAAGAAAGAUAUUGGUGAAACAGGGUUAGAAGUGGUAGAAUAUCUUUCUAAUGCUGCAGGUCUAUUAGCAAAACAAAAGAGAGAAAAGAGUCCAGCAUCAAGUUCAACAGCGACUACUAGUAAAGCUUCAACUUCUUCCCUGCCACCACGUCCCCCAACUAGACGUAGACGUAAUGCUGAACCUGAUAGUUCACCACAAAUAAAAUUGCCUACUUUUACUUUACAACACCAUUUAUUUAACAAUAAAUCAUUACCAGGAGAACUAACUCUGACUCAACUAUUAUGUUUAUUGCAACAGAGAGGAUGUACAAAUAAUAAUUCUAUAGAAUUUACUGUCAAAUUACAAAGUAGUAAGAAUAAAUCCAGACAAGCUAGCAAUGUUUCAAUGGAAACCAGUUCUAGUCCUAUGGAAGACGAUGAUAAUACUAUACCUGAUGAAGUUUUAUUAUCAACCUCGCCUAUACCUACAGCAUUACAAGUCUUUGCCAGUGUUGGUGGAUUGGCACUAUUAGCUGAACACUUGCCCUUGUUGUAUCCAGAAAUAACGCGUCAAGCCUCAGCCACUGAAACUGUGACUGAUAAUACUAAUGGAAAUGAUAUUGGACUAGAUUGGGUGACAGUAGAAUCUUCAGAUGAACUUUAUGAU